CUUACAUUUCAGAUCUGUGCUGGAGAUGUGCAGUCCACAUGUCAUAAAAUAAUUAAUGUUUUUCAGACAUGGGCAAGUUUAUGAAGCCUGGUAAGGUGGUGAUGGUCCUGGCUGGACGCUACGCCGGACGCAAAGCUGUGAUCGUCAAGAACAUUGAUGAUGGCACCUCGGACCGUCCUUACAGCCACGCUCUGGUCGCAGGCAUCGACCGCUACCCUCGGAAAGUCACCACAACCAUGGGCAAGAAGAAGAUUGCCAAGAGGUCCAAGAUCAAGGCCUUCGUGAAGGUGUUCAACUACAACCACCUGAUGCCAACCAGAUACUCUGUUGACAUUCCUCUGGACAAAACUGUUGUCAACAAGGAUGUUUUCAGGGAUCCUGCCCUGAAGCGCAAAGCCAGGAGAGAGGCCAAGGUUAAGUUUGAGGAGAGAUACAAGACAGGCAAGAACAAAUGGUUCUUCCAGAAGCUCCGAUUCUAAGUUUCCAUUGGUUUCACAAAUAAAUCUGUAAAAAUCUCACAAA